UAAAACCCACCCCAAAGUAUUACCUGAUAAAUUUUCUAUGUCAUCAUGGAACAACCAAAACCCUCCAUUGUUGACAAAUGGAAGAUCUUCACACUUGGAACCUUACUUGGUUUCUUUUUCUUUGUUUUUUACCAUGACAAAGUCCAUCAAGAUAUAAGUUUCUUAUCUACUAAACAAGCUUUGGUAGAUUUGGUUCCUUUUAAAGUGUUAAAUCUAUCUACUAGUAGUAGUAGUAGUGGUGGUGUUGUUAAGCCUAUGAAACCAUCGAAUUUGGUCUUCGAUGGCAUAGAAAAAUCAACGACUAAAGCAAGAAACAAGUGUGAUAUAUUUGAUGGGAAAUGGGUUUAUAAGCCAGAGGAAGGUCCUAGGUACGAUUCUUUCAAGUGUCCAUUCAUUAAUGAAAAGUUUAGUUGCCAACAAAAUGGGAGGCUUGAUUCUAUGUAUGAGAAUUGGAGAUGGGAAGCUCUACAUUGUGAUGUUCCGCUGUUUAAUGGAACAAACAUGCUAGAAAAACUGAGGAACAAGAGGAUGAUCCUUGUUGGGGAUUCUCUAAAUAGAAAUAUGUGGGAAUCUCUUGCUUGCCUUCUCUUCACCUCCAUUCCUUCUUCUGCUGCUGAGGUUGAUAAACUCCGGCGCUACACAAAUUCGUGGAAAUCUACGGAGUAUAAUUUCACUAUAGAAUUUUACUGGAGUUCAUUUCUUGUUGAUAUUGAUAAAAACCAUAAAAGUGGCAAAAAGGUUCUAGUGCUUGAUAAGCUUUCUGCAAAUUCGGAGAAGUGGGUUGGGGCUGAUAUCAUGGUAUUCAACUCUGGACACUGGUGGGAACCAAAAGGAAAAUCAAGAGCAUGGGAGUUGUUCGAAUUCAAGGGAAAACUGAUAAAACGUAUGCCAAUAGAACUAGCUUAUGAACGUGGCAUGAAAACAUGGGCGGCAUGGGUGGAAAGAAAUGUCGAUCCGAAGAAAACAACAGUGUUAUUCAAUGGCUAUUCGCCUGUUCAUAGAUAUCGAAAAUACAAUCAAUGGUGCUAUAAUAGAACACAACCUCUCAUGGGCGAUUCCUAUGUGCCGAGCUUUCCGAGAUCUAUGGUUGAUGCGGUGGAGGGCGUUGUGAAAGGGAUGAGUAAACCACAAGUGAAGUACUUGAACACUACAAAGCUUUCCGAGUACAGAAUCGAUGCACAUCCAUCUUUGUACAUCACUAAAGAUGACAAAAAUGCUAAUAGUUAUUCCGAUUGUAGUCAUUGGUGUCUUCCUGGAGUUCCAGAUAGUUGGAAUAGGUUGCUGUAUACUUCCCUUUUUUUUGAUACACGGGAAGAUAUGGCCUAGUUCUUGAAGAGCACCUUUAAAGAGUUUUAGCAAAUCUAUACCUAGUAUUUAAAAAACGAAACCAAAUUUGAUUAGAUGACAUAUUUAAUCCGUUCUUUCCUCCAUCAUUUUGGUUUUUUAUUUUA